AUGGCAUCCCAUUUACGGCAACACAUGCCAGCCAAACCUCAUAAGUGGGGCAUGAAAUUAUUUGUACUUUGCGACUCUUACGGAUUUUCAUAUGCCUUCGAGUUGUAUUCUGGCGCAGGUGAUAAUAAGGUCCCAAGUGGAGUACCAGAUUUGGGAGCAGCAUCCAAUGUGGUAUCAAGACUGUCACAAAUAAUACCAGAUCAUAAGCAGCAUAUACUUUAUUUCGAUAAUUAUUAUACGGCAAUACCAUUGAUGAUUUAUUUGUAUAGCAGAGGCAUAUUUUCCUUGGGAACAAUUCGAACAAAUCGAAUUGCCAAUUGCAAAUUAUCUACGGACAAGCAAGUCCAAAAAGAAAAACGCGGAUAUUCUGAAGAAUAUGUAGCUUCUUGUCAUGGUGUCGAUAUCUCCACUACUCUUUGGAAAGAUAAUAAAUGUGUGAGAUUAGCAUCAACAUAUGUGGGGAUGAAACAAUUCAUCAAAGAUAAUGAGACUGAAGUAGAACAGAAAAUCGCACGAUAUGAUAGAGUGCAAAAGAAAAGGAUAGAAGUUGAUUGUCCAACUAUCAUUCGCGAAUAUAACGCCCAUAUGGGUGGUGUAGACUUGAUGGAUGGUCUUAUAGGUCGCUACCGAAUCAAAAUGAAGACUAAUAAAUGGACUAACCGAAUAUUUUUCCACCUGAUAGAUAUGGCUAUGGUUAACGCAUACCUACUACAUAGAAGAAUAAAUGAAACAUAUCCAAAAGAAUUGAAGCCACAGCUACCUUCUUUUAGGAAAGAGGUAGCUGCAAUACUUUGUAAGCAUCUCAGGGAAGAUAUAACAAAGAAAAGUGUUGGUCGUCCAAGAGCUUCGCCAUCUCCUCAAGUUGUUAAGAAAUUACCCAAAAAAACGUAUUUACCAACUGAUGACACAAGGUUGGAUGCAUUUGAUCAUUGGCCUGAGUGGCUUGAUCGUUCCGGUCUCCUUGGUCCUGACGGUCCUGUCAUAGUUCAGGCAAAAAUUUUACUCCAGCAGCUAUGA